CGCGACGCAUCUGCCAGCAGACGUGGCUAUACCGCCCGGAGUUACAUACAAGUGCUAGGAGAAGGUCUAUUGGAUAACUAUAGUCCUGGGGAGUGGUUUAUGCAGGAUAACGCACCUAUCUAUACAGCUACUCACUCGAGAGACUUUCUGUAG